AUGUAUACUACCACUAGGAACAAGGAGUGGAAAGUUAUGGAUAUCGAGGAAAACAACACGGUACAAGACAUGACGAAAGAUAUAGAGGAAUGGGGGAAAGAGCAACACGCGCGAGUGAGAAUUCGAGAAGAACAGAGUCGUAUUUCUCCAGUCGUCGACACAUAUCUUGCGAGCAAUUCCCGUGCGGGUUGGGUUCAGAUGCAAUAUCUCAUCUUUCAAAAUUCUUCCCAAGGCAAGAAAGCCCUCAUUUUCGAUGCUCGAAGUAUCGCGGAGUUUUAUGACGCUACAAGCGAGGGCAAGGUGCCGAAAAGGACAUGA